AUGCAAAUUUUUUCUUAUUCUGUAACACUUAAACAUGAAUUUUCACUCACUGUAGUCAGGUCUGCUUACCAGUGUAACCACUUCAGCACCUCUAGUCAUCCUCGAGGAUGCAGAACUUCAAAACCGUGGAAGUUUGUUUUAUUCCCAAUUCGUCACAGUACAUUUGGAGAAGGUGUGAUAUGGUGUGCGGUGGCGAAACUAAGCACUCAAAAAUGGUUAGAUAUUUUUAACAUCGGUUCGGGACCUAUUUGUUAUUUCAAUUUACCCAGUAAGCCGCACGAUUCUUUUAAGUCUUCCGUGAUGGUGAAAUGGGACGUCAUUUUUGAUACUCAUCCUAGUGGUCUUCACUUCUCCGUUUUACCUCCACAACAAGGGUUAAUUAUGCAACAUUAG